AAAGGAUCCCCAGACUGUCCCUAGUUAAGAUAUGGUGGCUGGAUAGGGUAAGAGUGGAGGUGGAGGCGAGGGAGGAAGUAUUGUGAGGAAUGAGACAUUGUGGGAAAGAGUGAAGGACGAGGGUGAGUAGGUCAGCUGCUUGAAGGUGAUCCCUCCAGCUCCUGCCUCCUCUGGGACACGCGCCACCUUCAGGACACACGCCUCCUGCAGGGGCACACACGCCUCCUUCAGGACAGCACAUCUCCUCCAACGCGCUCCCAGAGAUACAUACUGAGAAAUUAAACAAGUACUGUAUAAGUCUCAGAAACACUACAAAAUGGCAGUUGACGAUGAUGGAGAUGUGCUGCCAGAUCGUGAUGCAGCUAAAGGAUUUUAUGCUAAAUAUGAGCCAAAGGAAAUUCUUGGGCGAGGAGGUUGUUCUGUUGUUCGUCGCUGCAUUGAAAAGGAAACUGGCCAACAGUUUGCUGCCAAAAUUAUUGAUCUGAGCGACUCCUCUGAUGAGGGUGUGUAUGAAGCCACUAUUCGGGAAAUAGAUGUAUUGCGCAUGGUAGCAGGGCAUCCAUAUAUAAUUGAACUUCAUGACGUAUUCGAAUCAUCAACAUUCAUAUUUUUAGUGUUUGAACUUUGUGAGCAUGGCGAGCUGUUUGAUCACCUUACAACAGUGGUUACUCUCUCUGAGAAGAAAACCAAGCUAAUCAUGCGACAACUGUUUGAAGCACUCGCUCAUGUUCACGGGAAGGGCAUUGUGCAUCGAGACCUUAAGCCUGAGAAUAUUCUUUUAGAUGACAACUACAAUAUCAAGCUCACUGAUUUUGGCUUUGCAAAAGUACUGCAACCAGGAGAAACAUUAACAGACGUUUGUGGUACACCAGGAUAUCUAGCACCAGAGGUUCUGCAGUUUGCCAUGUAUGAAGGGUCCCCAGGAUAUACUCAUGCUGUUGACUUAUGGGCAUGCGGUGUUAUUAUGUACACACUCUUGGUUGGCUGCCCUCCUUUCUGGCAUAGAAAGCAAAUGGUAAUGCUUCGUAAUAUUAUGGAGGGCAAUUACUCUUUCCUCUCUCCAGAAUGGGAGGAUAUAACAGAUACUCCAAAAGACCUCAUCUCCAAGCUUCUUGUUGUGGAUCCUGCAAAACGCAUCACAGUUCAAGAGGCUCUGACCCACGAUUUCUUCCAGAUUCUGCCUAGCCGGAGUCAAAUAAUUGUCGCCACUCUCAGAAAGGAGCAUUACAAAGGUCGCCCCUUCAAUGCCAAGAAGAUGUUUCAAUUUGGAGUAUUGUGUGUACGUGCGGUGAUCAGAAUACAGCGCCUUCGCUUCACUCCAGAACCCGUAUCUCUGGCAGUUACUCGGGUUGAUCCAUACAGGAUAAAGACACUUAGAAAGGUAAUCGACAAUUGUGCUUUCCGCGUGUAUGGACACUGGGUGAAGAAGGGCGAGGGUCAGGACCGUGCUGCACUCUUCCAGAACUGUCCCAAGUUAGAUUUUCCACGUACUCCAGUGGAUGCUCCUCUGAUAUUGAGCAAAGCAUAAAGCUUCUGCUAUAAUAGACAGAAGAGUAAUAUAAUGUACAGUACAUGGAAUACCAGGUUACCUGUUUCUUUGAUAAACUUGAUUCGGUUCCACAUAUUAUUCAUUGUCUAGUGGUGAAACAAUUUGCUUUAGUAGGAAGCACUUUAGAAAAAUCAUCAGUUAAUUAUGAGUAUAAAUUUUUACUUCUUAGGUUAUUAUGGCAAAAACUAUUUUGUUCAUUGUUAUCAUAAUUGAUUAUGACAAAAAAAAUUGUCUCAUUUCUGGAAUAGUUUUCACAAAAAUUACUGUACACUACGGUACUUAAAGUUAAUUGAUAAAAAGUAUCUUGUUGGUUUUUGUUGCAUAUGCAAGACUUCGUAUUGGAAUAAGUAAUAUUUAUUUCAGAGAUUAAAUAUUGAUUAUCUACUUUAUAAUUGAAUUCAAUUGCUAAUAUAAUUUAUAUUUAAUUUUAGCCAUUUAUAAUUGUAUAGUGCAUAGAUAUUUUUUCUAAGAAUAUCUAUUUCUUGUAUAAUUUUAUGCAAAGUGUAGAUAUGUGGUGUAGCGAGAUACUGUAUACUGUAAUAAAAAGAAAAUUGGCAUCUAUUGAUGUUGUAAGUGUGUCUAGGCAGAUUUCAUAUACAAUAGUAGAAGUUCAUUAAACUUUUGGAGGGAAUAACAAUUCAACAAAUGUGAAACAUUGGAGUAUGAAUUUAUAGUACAGUAUUUCAGUCUACAAAUCUAUACUUGAGCAUCAUUUGAUAGUGUACAGUGUAUGUAAACUUGGUGUGUGACUUUUAAGGUAUUUUUAAGUUUUAUGUUCUUAUGCUCGCUUCCCUGAGUUUUUCAGUUAUAUGUGACAGGUAGAAGCUAUGAACUUAAGCAGCAUACAUUUGUGAGUAAACAGUAAUGUAUUCAUAAUACUGAGUAAUAUGUUCACCAAAUGUCUUGAAAUCUGGAUAGAAAACAAUACUAGCCUUUUUUCUUUUUUUUCAUGUAAGUUAACAUAGUUUUAAGUAGCAUUUAAGAUAUCUGCCACUUUUUCAUUGUGGAAAAUGAGGCUACUGUAUAUGUAACAUAGACCAGUUAUUUCUUCCGUAUUUUUUCAAGAGUAGUUGCAUCAAAAUUCCCACUGCUGUCCACAAAGUGGGGUUUAACAAAAAUGAAGUUGUGUAAUUGUAAAGCAAUAUGUUUUAUGCAGGAAAAAAAAAAAAACAAGCCAAAAAGGUUCACUUCAGGAUCCUGCAUGAAAAAUUAUUGCUGGCAUGGAGGGAAGGUAGGUGGCAGGGACCUCUUUGCAAACCCAUUUUAUUGCAUAAAAAGAUGAUGCAAAGUUAUAUAGUAUGUGUUCGCAAAUUCCCUAUUUUCCUAGUCACUUUUAUUAAAUAUUAUACAGUAAUUUAGAAUUCUCUUCACCUAUGUAAUUUUUGUGAUGUACUGUAUAGUGUAAUUUUUGUACUGUACAGUAUAUUCAAGAGUGCAGAUGUGUACACACAUCCACAUAUAAAAACAUACUGAGGAAUAUUGCAAUAAUUUGCCCGAAGGUCUGUGUAAUCAUGUCAUACCUGUAAUAAGUUUAUUGUUACCAAUUCACAUGCUUCUUAUUUCAAAUGUGCCGGUCAAAGUGCAUUCUUAAAGUGACAUGUCAUAUACCAGAUAUAACAUUUUAUGUUAAAUUUAAUAACAUGUAUUCAAAAUCAUUACAGGAUUAUUUCUGAAGCCCAUAUUAUGCACAACAUCUGGAUAAGCAUAGUUGAAUAAUGCAUCAAAUACUUAGAUUAUUUGGAUUACAGUAUUACUAGAUAUGUACACUAUGUUGGUCACAUAAUAUAUACAUUUUACGUUUUAAUGUCAUAAAAAUGUUGUUAUAAAUACUGGAAAGAGUUAAGCAUAUCAUAUCUAACAGCAUUAUCUUUGCAAAAAUAUUUAAUAUUGAAUUUCUUAUUUGGUUGAAACCUGAAUUUCAAAUUAAUUUUAGGCACCGCAGUAUAUAAAAUAUCUUUGAGUACAGUAUUUACACAGGUAAAAGUGGUUGUUUGAAUGUGAAUUCUUUGUUAUGGCACCCAAGCAAGGAGGAACCUACUAAUUUUGACCCCAUAGCACGUGACAUCUAAGCGAUCACAUCAGACACGUAUUUUUUACCAAUAUUCUACCUAAUAAUUUAAGUAUAAUAAUUAGAUUAUACUGUGUUGCUUCUCAUACAUAUCAAACUCCUUUUACAUUAGUAAAUGUAUCGGUUAAUUCUUUACUAAAAAUUAAAAGUGCUUUUUUUUUUGUAAAAAAAAAUCUUAUUAUAGUGCUGUUAUUUAAAAGAUCCUUAAAACUAUAUUGUUUUAAUUAUUAACUUGUUUUAUGUUUUCUGAACAAAAUCUUUUAAAUUGAAACACAUGAUUAGUAACUGGUAUAUGGACUGAGGGAAGGGGCACAUUCUUCACACUGCUGAAUUACUGCUUGCUUCUGACACAGCAGUAUGUGUGUGGUGUAUUUAAUGGUUAGACAAAUACUUAUUCAUGGUAAAUCUAACAAGAAUUGUCAAUUUUUUUUUUCUGAUCCCUCAUUUUGUAGUGGAUCCUUUUGCCAUUUAGCCGACAUUCUUUAUUAUUACAUUAUGGACGCAUAUAAUGAGCAUGUGAUAUUUGUGUAUAUAAUACAUGUACCAGUAUUAUAUUGUAGCUGGUAGCAUUUUUACAGUGCCACCUCAUAACUAUUUACAAUGUAUGCAAUACCACUUUGAAGGAAUUUCUGCAGUGUUCAAUAACAAUAUAAAAUUUCUUCUCUGCAGUUAUCAUUUUAUAGUUAGUGUUGUAAGAUUUUGUCUCGCUCUCAUUUUCAAGCACCUAAUAUCUAUAUCUGUGAAAUGGUGUAAUUUUGAGAAAUAGCAGUUUAAGUACAGUAUAUCAGAUGCUCUUGUCUGUUGUGCACUACCUGAAAUACAGAUGUAAAGGAAAUACCAAAUACAUCUGUUGGCUUAACAUAUAGACAUGUGUACAAACCAAGAGCUAUACGAUACCAAUAAGAAGAGGUAUAGAAAUACAGUACAAGAUGUUUCUGCCUUGGAUAAAUAUUUCUGUUAGGUACCAAAUAUGUUCUAAUUUUUUUUUAGAAAAUUGAAAAGAAUUUUUUACAAAAAUAGUUACUACUGUAUACAUAGUGCUAUUUGGUGAAUUCCUCACAAAUAUAAAUAAUAGAAUUAUAAUCAAAAGUUCAGUAAUAAAAUAUACAGUAUUUAAAAUUUUCACGUCUAUGCAAAGGUUUUUAAAACUAAAUACAUGCAGUCCCAGUAUGUACAGUGUUCAUUAAUAAAUAUAUUAAUUAUAUGAUUCUUUAACUAUAUCUAUUAUGCUGGUUUUAUAUAAGUAUAGAAAAAUACCAAAUUGAGAGUAGGCUUUGUUUGUAGACAAUUAUGUGGCUGUGAGGAUUUUAUCAUGUCUAACAGAGAUACACCGUGCUUAUAAAUAGUGUAAGUUGAAUGAUUGUGUGUCAGAUAUGAGACAGUUUUAAGCAAGUUGUAAUUUACGUACUUGAGGGAUUUAGUCAGUGGGGGUCACAAAAAUAAAUUUUCUUUG